ACUGAAGCCAUACUGAUGACGCUGUUGAAUAGCGGCUGUUGUAGUGUCACGGUCGGGGGAGCGCAGCCUCCCAGGUGUAUCUACAUAGCGGUUAUGUCGCCCCUUAUAUUGUGUUUGUUGUUCUAAAGAGGUGAUCUCUAUUCCUCCAGCGCGUGGUUGUGUCCAAUCAGCCUGACUUAAUCCUGCGCUCUGAUCAUGACCUCUAUGGUGGGCACUCAAACGUCAUGUUUAAUACAUCCCGUCUCAGGAGCUGGAGGAGGAGGGUCUUCCAGUUGUGUGUUAUUUUUAUGUAUACCUUUCAUGGCUUUAUUGUUCCAUGAGCAUUCACCAUUCGCGGCACUACCAAUUGGUGUCAGACGCCACUCCAGGCAGACCUUUCCCUGCCAUCGUGAUGGACUCAUGCUGCUCUUGGUUGUGGUGCUGCUGUGUUCAUUAUCACUGCCAUCGAAUCUAUAUGCCAAUAAUACCGUCGAGAGAGGUUGUGGGAGGAGCUUCGUCGAGAUGCUUAUUAGACGCCAUCACGCCUCACUUGUUAGGACCGUCUUGGCAAGGUAAAGUCUUGGCACCGCUUUCAUUUUUGGCUAUAUUGUUAAUACACUUUCCUACAGUUUAGCGGUAGUACCCUCAGACUGACACCCGAUAGUAGCGGUAGUACCCUCGCUGUUUCUUUCUGUGUGCCCGGUCAGAGAUGAUGAACGUCCCAUCCAUGACUCGCUUAAUCUACCAUGCCAAACUUGUAUAAUUUAGUUUCCACUCAAAAGGAGU